CGGCAGUCGGUGCGGUACGUCCGGUACGGCGUGCUGCUGCGAGCGCCAGUCCAGCCCGUCCUGCUCGCCCUGCACGCGUGGAGACGAGAGCGAGAUCGUUGACGGCGUCCUCGAGUCCCAGCACGUCCCCGUCACACGGCCCCACACCCCCAUCCGCCCCCCCGUCCAGCAGGCCAUGUCUCCAGGAAGCGGUUCGGAGCUGCGGCUCCGCGACAAGGACACUGCCAAGGCGGCCACCAACAACAAUGACGUCAAGCCGGCGCCCUUCAAGUCUCCGCUGGACAACAAGUGCCACCGGGAGCGGAGCGCGUUCAUCACGUGGAACAACACCAAGUCCGUGUCCCUGAAGGGCUUCAUGAACCUGCUGUUCUGCCUGACCACCCUCGCCGCCGCCGGUCUGCUGCUGGAGAACAUGAACAAGUACGGCUUCCGCGUGGCCCUCGCGAACUGGAUCCACGCCGUCGACGCGCGGCAGAACGUCGCCGGCUUCUACCCGGCACUGCUGCUGCUGCUCUACAUGCCGGUGCAGAUAUUUGUCGCGCUGGGCAUCGAAAAGGCCAUCGCUCUGGAGCUGGUGCCCGAGCGGGACGGCAUGAAGGCCCACGUCGUGAACAUGCUGUGGCACUUCGCCUACCCCAUCGCAGGCAUCUGGCUGGCCGGGGACGCCAUCAGCAUCGUGGGCGGCUACUGCGUGUGCCAGUUCAACGCCAUGGUGUUCCUCAAGAUGUGGUCCUUCGUGCACGCGUGCUGGUGGGCCCGAGACAAGCGGCGGCAUGAAGCCCAGCAAGCCCAGAACGGUGUCGGCGACGGCACCACGACGAUGACGGCCUCCAUCGGCAGCCCGGUGGCGCCGGACGUCAAGGAGACCGUGUACCCGGACAACCUGACCGUCGGCAACCUGGCCUACUUCACGGUGGCGCCCACGCUGUGCUACGAGAUGGACUACCCGCGCAAGCCCAGCAUCAACUGGAGGAGGGUGGCGGUGCGCGCGGCGAUGCUGCUGGUGGUGGGCACGCUGCACGCCGCCAUGAUCCAGCAGUGGCUCAUCCCGUCCUUCACCGCCGUGGCCGGCCCCAUCGCGCGGAAUGAGUGGUCCGUGGUUGCCGAGCGCCUGCUGAAGAUCGCCGUGCCCACCAACCUGGUGUGGCUCGUCUUUUUCUACCAGCUCUUCCACGUCAACAUGAUCCUGGUGAGCGAGCUGACGCGCUUCGCGGACCGCCGCUCGUACGACAACUGGUGGGACUCGGAGGACAUGAACGUGUACUGGCGGCGCUGGAACCUGCCCGUCCACUACUGGUGUGUCAGACACCUGUACCUGCCGAUGCGCCGCGCCGGCUACACCAAGACCGUCGCCAAGUGGGCCACGUUCGUGUUCAGCGGCGUGUUCCACGAGUACCUGGUGUCGCCGCCCAUCCGCAUGUUCCGCGUCUACGCCUUCCUCGCCAUGGUCGCCCAGAUGCCCAUCGGCGACUUCAGCGAGUGGGUGUGCCGAAAGUUCGGCGUCCGGUGGGGCAACGCCGUGGUCUGGUUCACCAUCGUCAUCGGCCAGCCCCUGUCCAUCAUCAUGUACGUGCGCGACUACCAGCUGGCCUACAACGGCCCCGGCGGCCUCACCGCGCUCGAGCUCUCCGUCGUGGGCGUGCCGUCGUAGACCGUCGUAGACCCUGUUGACGGUGCACUUGUUUGUUGUUGUUUUUCGUUGCACUGAAGAAGAAAAUCAUCCAAGGCAACCCGCGGGUUUCGGGGGGCUACUCUAAUGAUGUUAUGCGUAGCGUGGUUUCUAUCCCAGCAAAGUCAGGACCUUAAUCGACUAAUGUUACCAGUAUUAUGUGUGAGUGUCAGACGUGUUAUUUUUGUACUCUUUUCUACCAACUCUACUUCCCUUCGUACCAAAGUCAAAUAUAAGUCAUGUUACAUUUUUUUUAAA